AGAGGCAAGAAGACCCUUGAGGCCAAAUGAGGCGGCGCCGAGCAUCUGGUAGCUUAGUCCCACAGACAUCUUCUCCUGCCAUUGAAACAAGAGUAGACAAUUCUGGAUUAAUUGAAGCGCAAGUAGGUAAUCUGGUUGAGGACUUGAAAGGCACUUCUUUUGAUGCUCAAAGAGAUGCAACAUUUGAACUCCGGCUGCUUGCAAAGCAGAGUAUGGAAAAUCGGAUUGUUAUUGCAAACUGUGGAGCCAUUAGCUUGUUGGUGGACUUGCUCCGGUCUACAGACAAAAGGGUUCAAGAAAAUGCUGUCACAACACUUCUGAACUUAUCCAUCAAUGUUGAGAACAAGACAGAAAUUACUGCUGCCAAUGCAAUUGAACCUCUGAUUCAUGUCCUUGAGACAGGCGGUGCUGAAGCCAAGGAAAACUCAGCUGCCACUCUCUUUAGCCUUUCGGUGAUUGAGGACAACAAGGUUCGCAUUGGAAGGUCAGGGGCUAUUGGGCCUCUAGUUGAUUUACUGGGGAAUGGGACUCCCAGAGGGAGGAAAGAUGCAGCCACAGCUUUGUUUAGUUUGUCAAUUUUUCAUGAGAACCGACGUCCAAUAGUUCAAGCCGGUGCUAUAAAGUACCUAGUGGAGUUGAUGGAUCCAGCAGCUGGACUGGUUGACAAGGUAGUGGCUGUUUUAGCCAAUCUUUCUACAAUACCUGAGGGAAAGACAGCAAUUGGUCAGGAAGGUGGGAUCCCUGGUCUGGUUGAAGCUGUUGAGUUGGGUUCUGCAAAAGGGAAAGAGCAUGCAGCUGCUGCUCUUCUACAGCUCUGCACAAGUAGUGACAGAUAUUGCCGUAUGGUGCAACAGGAAGGAGCUGUUCCGCCUUUAGUGGUAUUGUCACAAUAUGGCACCCCAAGGGCCCAAAAAAAGGCAGAGUCACUCCUUAGAGUCUUAAGUAAAUGAGUCCUGUAAAAUGCUUCUUAUGUUAAUGUGGGAAGAAGAGUUUAUACCUGUGAGUCUAGCUGCUGUACUGAGCUUGGGAAAGAAGAUGACAAAGGAAUAAUUUGGUAUUGUUUUGUAUCUCGUGCCCCAUUUGUCUAGUUCGUACUCAUAUCAAUAUAUUUUGACGCGUGCAUGAUUGCAGUAGCACAUCAAAAGGCUCUGUUACAUGCUCUCUCGUUAUUCUUGCAAUGAAA